AUGAACUUGUUUAGUUGCGCUAUAGAUGUAAUCAUUUUCUUAUUGUAGAAGUAUGAGUAAAUUCCGCGUUUUCGUGAAAACCGCAUUGGAGAAGCAUCCACUUGUGACGAAUUCCAUUAUAUACGGAUCAUUCUGCACCAUUUCCGAAUUCUCCCAGCAAACUUCAUCCAAAAAAUUCAAAACUCCACCGGAAUCCUACGACACUCCUGCAAUCGCCAGGUUCGCAAUAUACGGCACAGCCAUAGCAGGACCUUUAUUAUACGGUUGGUACGGCAAAAUCCUCGAUAAAGCUAUCGUAGGCAGUACUUUUAAAAUAUCAAUGAAGAAAUUGCUAAUAGAUCAAUUUACAUUCACUCCCGGUUUACUAGGGGUAUUCUUCGUUUCUAUGAGUUUAAUGGAGCGCAAGGAAGAUAUCUUCGAAGAGUGCAAGCAGAAGUUCCUGCCGACGUUUCGAACUAGCUGCAUGUUUUGGAUACCGGCGCAAUUGGUGAAUUUCAUGCUAGUACCGCCGCUAUUGAGGGUCACUUACAUCGGAGGGUGCUCGUUUGCUUGGAUAAACAUUUUGUGUUACAUAAAGAGGCAGGAUGUCGAAACGGACCGGGUGCAAUUGAACGAAUAA